AUGGCACCAGAUCGGGCGAGACACGUGAUGCAAAUGAGGAGGAGAAAACGGAUGAAGGCACGGAGAGAAGAAAUGAAAGUAAAGGCAUCGGUUGAAGAUGGAGAAAGCACCAUAAACCGGCGGAAAGGCAAGGCGGAGGAAAACACUGAACUUAUGGAGGAACCUGUCCAAAUCAUGAAAUCUAGGACUAUCGCAAUAAAGGGAACAACCCGGAAGAAAAAAGGAAAGGAUAUUGACGAGAGCAUGAUGCUGGAAGAACCGAAUAACGCACACCAUCGGGAGAAAGGGAGAAUAAGGUACAAAUCCGAGAAGCAAGCGGGAACGGUGAAGCAAGGAGGUCAGGUGACGCGACAAGAUUACAGGCGCGACAACGAGGUGAAGAUGGGAAAUUUGCGAGAAGAAGAUACUAGUUCAGAAGAGGUAACAACCUCGUCCCAAAUGAAGAUUCCAACGCGAGGAAACGAUCCAUUGGAAGAUCGUGAGGAAGAUGGGAAAAGUACAGAAAGAAGAACGCAGAAAAAGAAGUUGCGGGAAGGAUAUGAUCGGGAAAGAGACCUGAGGAGACUACUGCUGGAGGCCAGGUGCGAAAAUCAAAAACUAAAAUACGAAGAGGAAAGUAGGCGCGAGGACGAGAAUAAACGAAAGAAGAGCGAAAAAAGCAUUUACGAAGUAAGAGGAAGAACUUUAGAUCAGAAGAUCUUACGGGAGCUGCGAGGUAUGAUGAUGGAGAUGGGGAGCUCACAAAGGGAUAGGAAAACGCAGUGGAUGUGGGAAGACGUGUCAACCGCACUGGCUCAUGCAUGA